GGCAUCUGCAGAGCCUUUGCUCACCCACCCGCCGCCGAGAUGGAGUGGGCUCCCAAGCUGUUGCUUUUCUGUGCUCUCUGCCUCUCCUUGGCCCUGGAGGCCACCCCAGCAUCAAAAGAGCAAAGCAGGGGAACAAAAGGAAGAAGGAGAGGCACAGCCAAAGUCAGGGAACAACAUCUGCGGGCACAGGAAUCCUCGCCUGACCCUGUGCUGAGGGUAAAUCUGGGGGCCCUCACAGACUACACCUUCGUGGAGGAUUAUGAGCGGAGCAUUCAGGAGAUGGUUAACCAGCUGCGGAAUAGCUCUGAGCUGCUGGACAGUAAAUGCCAGGUCAAUCUGAGGCUCUGGAUGUCGAACAAGAGGAGUUUGUCUCCAUGGGCCUAUAGGAUAAAUCAUGAUGCAUCCCGUGUUCCAGUUGACAUCCCAGAGGCACACUGUCUGUGUGCAGGAUGCAUCAAUCCCUUCACCAUGCAGGAGGAUCGCACCAUGGUCAGCAUUCCUAUCUAUAGCAAAAUCCCAGUGCGGCGGAUGCUGUGUGAGCCAACUAAGCCUUACAGGAAGAAGAAAAAGUGCCAUAAAGAGUACAAGAUGGUUAUGGAGACCAUUGCUGUGGGCUGCACUUGCAUCUUCUGAGGACACACGAGGAAGGGAUUUCCUGUUCCUAUUUCAAGUUCUUAUGGAUUAAGUACUAUUCCUGUUCUUCUAAACUUCUCUGUUCUUUUGCCAAAUGGGAAACACCAAUGUACUUUCAGAUGCUGAAGUCACUUGCUCAGCUCCCAUCUCUGCAUUACCCUCAAGAAGGCUGGCAAUAUACUCAGCCAGCAAAUUACUCAUUAUGUGCCCCAUUAGUGCUUUAGGCCCGUACCAAGGCAGAUCAGGCUACUUCCUCGCUUAAAUGAUAACAGCACUUGCUAUGAAGCUACAGCCACAGUCCCCACUGGCAUUUUUUCUCUUAUCUGGCAUCCUGAUUUGCAUAGGAAUUUAGAGAAGAAACAUUAGAAACGAGUGAGGGCAGGAAAAAGGCAUUGCAUGAUAUAGGCUAAAAUGUGUAUCUCUUUUCAGGCUUUCAAACUGCUUGGUGACUACUCAGCUUAUAAAGCUGAGUUUAUGGCCAACUUUUAGAGUUGAUCAAUAUACAGUAUAGACCAGUAUAUAUUGUCUGUAUGUGUGUGCUUUCAAGUCAGUCUUGAAUCCUGUUGACCACCCAGAUAAUUCCAUGAAGUUUUUCUUGGCGAGAUUUUUAGAAGUGGCUGGCCAUUACCUUAUUCCUAGAGCUAAGAGAGUGACUGGCCCAAAGUCAUCCAGCUGGCUUCAUGCAUUCAAAAAGCACCUUUUAUAGCAUCCUUCUUGAACAGUACUAGAACAGUGAGUAUAAAACACUUUGGCAGAACUAGCUAGCUGGGUUCACACUUUGUGGCAUUCAUAAGUCUGAUUACUAAACCACACUUGAUGGUGUGGGUCCUUACAAAAUACUAAGCCAAACCACACUGUGGUUAGCCCAGUGAGAACCUACUCAUCAACAGUUUAAAGCUAGAGUGCUCCACUGCCUUUCAAGUUGCAGCAGAGAAUAAGCCUACUCUGUCAAGCAGUGGAGGAAAGUGAGAGGCUUUUUAAGUCAAGAUUGUUUGGCAGGCUACUGUUCACCUUUUAGAACGCUAUCAAGAAACACCUUAUCUUAAUACCAGCAGCCCCAGGAGUCCCACACUCACAGUUCCGAUAACAGGGCCCGCAUAUCAGCAGGAAGCUAAAGGAGCACUAAGGGUGGCAUUUGUACCAAGAGUUAGUAGACUGAGAGGGCAGCAAGAGAGCCUAAGAAACCCACCAUGCACAUUACUGUGCACACACAGUGAGGGACCUGGGUAUCUGCAAUAACCAACCUAUGCCAAUUCCUCUUUUUUACCCGAUUCAUCCAUUUAUCCUUCACUGUGGAGAGGAACUGCAGCUCAGGGGCUGAGGACAUAAUCUAUUUGCAG